AUGAAGUGCCUUGAAAGCUCGGACGUAAAACUCCAUUUUAUUUCAAUUUCAGUACAAGUCGGUGAUAGAGAUUCGCCUAUUAUGAUGUAUAAAUCUAAGAAACCGAGAAAAGCUCGGACAGCUUUCUCCGAGAGUCAGCUCCGGUACCUUGAGAAACAUUUCGACCGGCAGAAAUACCUCAGUGUUCAAGACCGAGUGGAACUGGCUGCAAAACUACAAUUAUCAGACACUCAAGUCAAAACUUGGUACCAAAACAGAAGAACUAAGUGGAAAAGGCAGACGUCAGUUGGCCUGGAGUUGUUAACGGAAGCCAGUAACUUCGCAGCGGUUCAACGAAUCUUACAGUCAAAUUCUUAUUGGACUUCGUCGUAUCCUCAAACUGCCAAUCUUGUGUCAAAUUUCGAAUCCAUCGUACGUGGAACUACGCCUCUUAUUCCACCACGCCCACCUUUUCCAGGAUUAUUUCUUCCCGGAAUGCCAGGGUCUGUUGCACCUUUUCCACCGACUUCAACGCAAAGUAAACGUUAG